UGCAAAACUAAGGUUGUUCUUGCCUUUUACUGUUGAAAAAUAAGAUAGAUUUUCACGAUGUCCAGAUCACCUGAAAGAAUGCAUAUUGAUGAAGACAUACAUAUGAGGGGCAGAGGAGCGUCUGGCUCAACCCGACGAUUAGAUAAAGGAAACAACAAACCAGAGGAGUUACAACCCGUUCGCUCGAUUGAAGGAUGGAUUAUUGUAGUUCGAAAUCUGAACGAAGAAACAGACGAAGAAGCAUUGGUUGAUAGGUUUAUGGAAUAUGGCACUGUUAAAAAUGUUCAUCUAAAUUUGGAUAGACAAACAGGUUACGUGAAGGGUUACGCAUUUAUCGAAUACGAAGCUCGUAACGAAGCAGAGUCAGCUGUUAUGGAUGCAGAUGGAACAGAAUUUUUGGACAAAGUUAUCACAGUUGAUUAUGCAUUUGUUAAAGGACAGCCACCAGCCCACAAAGAUGACCGUGACAGACGUGAUCGUAGACAUGAUAGAAGCUUAAGUCCCAGAAGAUAAAACUUAAUUAGCAAUAUUUAAAGCAUAAGCGAUCCAAAUUUGUGGCAAAAUUUACAAAACUUUCCGCAAUACAUAUAAGCAGAAUCCCAAAAAGCAUUACCCAUUACUUUUUAAAUAACCAGCCAAAAUGUCACCGUGUGGUAGAUGUAAUAAAGCCAAUCUGUAUCGAUUGAGUCAAAAUGUUUAUUAGCUUCAUUUUUCUGUCCUUCAAACUUUAUCAUCUGG